CAAGAACUGAAGGGUCGGCCAGCUCUCUAUCGCGGCUACCACAGGUGUCAGCUUCCGACUGCUUGCCCGGUGCUUUUCUCAUCGCCUCCCCUCCCGACCCGUGGUCCUUGGAUUCGCAGGCCAUGGCAGCGCCGAGCAGCAGGUCGGAGCCGCCGCAGCUCGCCGAGUACAGCUGCAGCUACGUGGUGUCGCGGCCAGUGUACAGCGAGCUCGCCUUCCAGCAUCAGCGCGAGCGGCGCCUGCAGGAGCGCAGGACGCUGCGGGACAGCCUGGCGCGGAGCUGCAGUUGCUCAAGAAAGAGAGCCUUUGGUAUACUGAAGACUCUCCUGCCCAUAUUGGACUGGCUCCCCAAAUACAGAGUCAAGGAAUGGUUGCUAAAUGACAUCAUCUCUGGAGUUAGCACUGGACUAGUGGGCACCCUGCAAGGGAUGGCUUAUGCCCUGCUAGCUGCAGUUCCUGUUGAAUAUGGCCUCUACUCUGCCUUUUUUCCGAUCCUGACAUACUUUGUCUUUGGGACAUCAAGACACAUCUCAGUUGGACCUUUCCCUGUGGUCAGUUUAAUGGUGGGAUCUGUUGUUCUGAGCAUGGCUCCAGAUGACCACUUUCUUGUGCCCAGUGGUAACGGAAGUGCAUCAAACAUGACCACGUUAGAUACCGGAACCAGAGAUGCGGCCAGAGUGCUAAUUGCAAGCACCCUCACUCUUCUAGUAGGAAUCAUACAGCUGAUAUUUGGAGGUCUGCAGAUUGGAUUCAUAGUGAGGUAUUUGGCAGACCCUUUGGUUGGUGGAUUCACAACAGCUGCUGCCUUCCAAGUGCUGGUCUCACAGCUAAAGAUCAUGCUCAAUGUUUCAACCAAAAACUACAAUGGCAUCCUCUCCAUUAUCUAUACACUAAUUGAGAUUUUUCAAAAUAUCAGUGACACUAACAUUGCAGAUUUCAUUGCUGGGUUAUUCACCAUCAUCAUCUGUAUGGCUGUUAAGGGAUUAAAUGAUCGAUUUAAGCACAAAAUCCCAGUCCCUAUUCCUAUAGAAGUGAUUGUGACAAUAAUUGCCACUGCCAUUUCCUACGGGGCCAACUUGGAAAAAAAUUACAAUGCUGGCAUUGUUAAAUCCAUCCCAAGUGGGUUCUUGCCUCCUGCACUUCUGUCCGUGGGCCUGUUUUCUGACAUGCUGGCUGCAUCCUUUUCCAUUGCUGUGGUGGCUUAUGCUAUUGCCGUGUCUGUAGGAAAAGUCUAUGCUACCAAGCAUGAUUAUCUCAUCGAUGGGAACCAGGAAUUCAUUGCCUUUGGGAUCAGCAAUGUCUUCUCUGGAUUCUUCUCCUGUUUUGUGGCUACCACUGCUCUGUCUCGAACGGCUGUCCAGGAGAGCACCGGGGGAAAGACACAGGUUGCUGGCAUCAUCUCAGCUGGGAUUGUAAUGAUCGCCAUUGUUGCCCUAGGGAAGCUUCUGGAACCCUUGCAGAAGUCAGUCCUGGCAGCUGUCGUCAUUGCCAAUCUGAAAGGGAUGUUCAUGCAGGUGUGUGAUGUUCCUUGUCUGUGGAAGCAGAAUAAGACCGAUGCCGUUAUCUGGGUGUUUACAUGCAUAAUGUCCAUCAUUCUGGGGCUGGACCUGGGUUUGCUAGCUGGCCUUUUAUUUGGACUACUGACUGUGGUCCUGAGAGUUCAGUUCCCAUCAUGGACCGGCCUUGGAAGUGUCCCCAGCACAGACAUCUAUAAAAGUAUCACACAUUAUAAAAAUCUUGAAGAGCCUGAAGGAGUGAAGAUUCUGAGAUUUUCUAGUCCUAUUUUUUAUGGCAAUGUCGAUGGCUUUAAAAAAUGUGUCAAGUCCACAGUUGGAUUUGAUGCCAUUAAAGUAUAUAAUAAAAGGCUGAAAGCACUGAGGAGAAUACAGAAACUCAUCAAAAAAGGAAAACUAAGGGCAACAAAGAAUGGGAUCAUAAGUGACGUUGGUUCAUCAAAUAAUGCUUUUGAACCUGAUGAAGAUGUUGAAGAGCUAGAGGAACUAGAUAUUCCAACCAAAGAAAUCGAGAUUCAAGUGGACUGGAACUCUGAACUCCCAGUUAAAGUGAAUGUCCCCAAAGUGCCAAUCCACAGCCUGGUGCUGGAUUGUGGAGCUGUGUCCUUUCUGGAUGUGGUAGGAGUGAGGUCAUUGCGAAUGAUUGUCAAAGAAUUUCAGAGAAUUGAUGUGAAUGUGUACUUUGCUUUGCUUCAAGACGAUGUGCUAGUAAAGAUGGAGCAGUGUGGGUUCUUUGAUGACAACAUUGGAAAGGACAGAUUCUUUCUGACGGUUCAUGAUGCUAUACUCUAUCUGAAGAACCAGGUUAAAUCCAGGGAGGGCCAGGAUUCUCUUCUAGAGACGAUCACCCUCAUUCAAGACUGUAAAGAUCCUCUUGAACUGAUGGAAGCAGAGAAGAAUGAGGAAGAACUUGAUGUUCAGGAUGAGGCCAUGCGUAGACUUGCUUCCUGAGAGUGGGUUCAGGGGUCACUGUCAGCAAGGACUCCUAGACAGACUUGGCCAUUAGGUCAUUCUCUGCAAGUAUUCUCUGCACUGAUUAUUUCUUUGUACUUAAACAGCCAUCCUUUUACUGCUAUGUUAGAAAUAUUCACAUUUUUGCUAUGUUAGAAAUAUUUACAUUUUU